UUACAUAGCCGGGCUUCUAUCAAACAAACGUCAAAAAGUCCUUAACCUAUUUCAAUUGUCAGCGUCAUUGUAAUUCGACAAAAAACACCACAGUGAUAUUUUCAAAAUAGGGGUACCAUGGCGUUCAAUUUCGCUGCAUUCUCAUACAUAAUCGCCCUAAUUGGGGACGCAUUCCUUAUCUUCUUCUCCCUGUUCCACGUGAUUGCAAUCGACGAGCUAAAAACCGAUUACAAGAACCCGAUAGAUCAAUGUAAUAGUCUCAACCCGUUGGUUCUGCCUGAGUAUAUUCUGCACAUGGUGUUCAACUUGCUGCUGGCUUGUGCAGGGGAAUGGUUCACCUUUAUUAUCAACCUGCCCUUGAUAUUGUACCACUUGAACAGGUACCGGACGAGGCCUGUAAUGUCCGGUGUGGGCAUUUAUGACCCCACUAGUAUCAUGAACGCGGACCAAUUGACGCUGAGUCAGCGCGAGGGCUGGAUCAAGCUUGCCUUCUAUCUGAUUUCCUUCUUCUAUUACUUAUAUGGGUAUGUAAUGGCUUUAGAGCGAAUACCUCUAGAGGCUGCGUGAUUUGGUUGCCACUGAAUGGUUUACAUACUAACUAAUGAAGUUAUUUAUUGUAUAUAACGAGGAAAGUUUCUUUAAACUUCUCCUAAAUCCAUAUAAAUCAUCGAGAAAACUAUUGAGGGCACUUCACUGUUGAACAAACAGUUGCUCCAACACAGAACCGAAAUCUCUAACAUUUGCCUGUUUGUUGCAGAAUGAUUUAUGUGUUGAUCGCGUAGACCAGUGAAGGGAAUCAGAAAAGCAUCCAGAUCAAAGUAAUGAGCAAGCAGGAAGUCGAAUUUUAGGAUUUCGGUUCUAAAAUUUCAUCGGUGUUGUUUUUUCCACAUUCUGCCCAAAUUUUAGAACUGAAUUGUCAACAAGUAGUUUUACGAUGUUAUUUAUUUUCGCGUUAAUUGCGACGGUUGUCUCAGUAAUCCUUAGAUGUUUAGCUGAAAUGUAAUUCACUCUUCAUGUACAUAGAUUUAUACAUACAAUAAAAGCGUUUUCCUGUUCUGGA